AUGGGUAUUGCUCCGGUUGUUGAUUCUGAACAGGAUGUUGGUCCAAUUAGAAGUGAAUUUAAUGUGGAAAAACUGGAAAAGUUCUUUGCUAGUCCUUCCUUGCCUGAAGGAACCACUAUGGGUCCUCAAAUUGGCUGGUCUCCUUUGAUACCUCCGCUAAGCGUCCAGCAAUUCAAAUUUGGUCAAUCCAAUCCAACUUAUUUACUUACAGAUUCAAAAGGAACAAAAGCUGUCUUGAGAAAGAAACCAACUUUGAACAAAAAAUUGAUAUCUAAAACGGCUCAUGCUAUUGAAAGAGAGUUUUUCAUGUUGGCUUCAAUCAAAAACAUUAACGAUAGAAGGCCAAAAGAGAACCAUGUUCCAGUCGCAGAUGUGUUCUUGUUGUGUGAGGAUGAACAACAUAUAGAUGCUGUGUUUUAUGUGAUGCAAUUUGUUAAAGGUAGAAUAUUCCAUGAUCCUUCUUUAUCACCAGUCAAAAGUACACAAGAUCGUUCACAGAUUUGGGAUGCUGUUUUGGACACUGCAUCAGCUAUUCACUCGAUCCCUUCUAAUGAAUUGUUUGAUCAGUUGCCAACUAGGUUCUUUAAAAAACCAACACCAAACCCAAAAGUGACAUAUUUUGAUAGACAAGUCAAGUCAUUGAACAAAAUUCAUGAUUUGCAAUCUCGCGAUGUUGACCAAAUCCCUCAUUUCAAAGAGACAUCAAAAUGGCUAUUGAAAAAUGCUCCUAAAGAUCCAGAAGUUCCACAUUUGAUCCAUGGUGAUUUCAAGAUUGAUAACUUUGUGUUCCAUCCAACAAAACCAGUAAUCAUUGCUGUUUUGGAUUGGGAACUUUGUACAAAUGGGCAUCCACUUUUCGACCUGGCAAAUGUUUUACAGCCAUUCUGUAUGCCUCCAAGUCUUAACAAAUACUUUGCAAAGUUUGACAUUGAUGAAGAUCCUCACUUAGUUGACAGAGUUCUUGAUGGUUAUAUUGAAAAGGCAAAACCUGAUUGGGAUCCAAAGAAGCUAUGGACAGUUGGUGUGGUGUUUGGGCUUUAUAGAGUUGCGGUUAUUUGUCAAGGUAUAGCACAGAGAGUUGUUAGGGGAGUAGCUAGUAGUGCUGAAGCACAACAAACUGCUAGACUGUUCCCACAUGUUGGUGAUUUGGCCUUCAAAUUGACAAACUCGGACCCUAAAUUGUGA